CGUCCUGGCAUUCUUGUCUGUGUUUUUCCUGCGUUAAGAGUAGUUGUUAAUCUAUAACAAAUCAUAUUGUUAAAACGCAUUAAAACAUCAUAAUAUAUAUUUAUUACAACAAUAGUAGUGUUAAAAUAAUAAUAAUUGUUAUUUAUUAUAAUGUAUAUUAGUAGCCUGAUUAUAUGGUAGGUGGUAAGCGGGAAUUAUACGCGGGAAAAUUUUUCUGUACGUAGAAGAUGAGUUAACCGUGGCGCUAGAUCGUAGCCAACAACUACGAAGCAACAUCAUCAUAUAACAUUAACAUCAUUCACCUACGCUAAUUCUUCUAACUAUUUUAUCAAAGAGUUAGUGCCUGAGAGAGGCACACAGAGGAUAUGAGCACAUCAACAAUGCCAGGAGUAGGAACAACACCACCUUCGUCGGGACACUCGAUGCUACCGAUGAAUGUCAUGGCCCAAAAAGUAAUGCCUGGAGGUGACCCAGGUUCAAUGAAACCAUUGAGUGGCGGUAAUUUGAGUUACGUUACACUCCAACCGGCUAGCCAGCCGCUCAGCUUGGUCCAGGAUCAUAGGUCACAAGUUUACCCGACGUCAGCACCUUAUAAUCAGUCAGCAUCAGCACAGCCGUCAUCAGUCACUCCGGGUAGUAAUAUUAAUGUCCCGGCUGAGAGAGAGAAAGAGGCUGGUGAUUCAACGGAUAAUAAGUCUACUCACAAUGGAGUUGAGGUGCCUGUUAAAAUUCCUGGGGCAGGUUUAACUGUUGAUCAAGAAUCUAAUUUACAGAAUAAACAAAGUCAAGAGGCUAAUAGAAAUAAUAAUGUUAGUCCUGAGAGUUCAUCUACUGGAAGUCAAGAUGAUAUUAAAUCUGAACCACAAUCAUCUGCGCUUAUUGAAAAUUCUGCAGCAGUAAGUGCAGCACCAAAAGCUGAUGAGAAAAAAAUUCUUAUUAACAAUGGCACUAAAGAAGCCGAUAAUUGUCCUACGUUAGUGACAGUACAAAAUAAAGUAUCUCCACAAAAAACUGAGGACACCCUAACUAAAGUUGAUGCUGUUGGUGGUACCAAGAAAGUACCCACUACACCUACAAAGGCGGCAGCUAGUGAAUCAAGCUCACCAGCAACAACGAUGACUAAAGCUGAGCAAAAAUUAAACUCACCUGUUCGAGCUCCUAAACGAAAGUCUCGGGAUUUGAAGGAUUUAAAGAGCCCAUCUGCUGAAGGUGGUAGCAAACCUAAAAGAAAUCGUGUUCAAACCCAACCUUAUCAGAGUCCUCUGCCAGAAAUAGCUUUGAUUGUUAAACAGACUCUCAAUAAAGCCCCUGCUAAUAAAAAUCCUGAUGAUAAACUAAUCGUAUUUUACAAGAAUGAAUUUUUAGCAGUACGUAAUGCUGAGGGUAGCUUUUAUGUAUGCCAAGCAAUGCAGAAUAUUUUCAAAUCUAGUCGGCGUAUUCGCAUACGUUGGCUUUCGCAGGAUAAAAAUAAUGGGGAAAUUUAUUCACCUGACUUUUAUGACUUUACUGACUUUGAUUGCAUACUGACGAAUUUAAAUUUAAACAAAGUUGAUAAAAAUAAAUAUCAAUUGACUAAAUUUGAAUUAUUACGAACGGAAAAUAUACUGAAGCGUGCUAUUGAUGUUGAAGCUGGUGUUUCUGAAAAACCUAGUGUAACGGAAGAACAUCCUGAUGGAUUGGAUUUAUCGUUAUACAAAGACGAAUCACAAUUGAAGAGGAGAAAAGGAUCAAGUAAACCUAAGCAACGACAACGUAAGAGGUCAAAACGUGAAUCAUCAAGUUCAUCGUCUUCAUCGUCAUCCUCCUCGGAAGAUGAUAGCAGUGAUGAAGAGGUUGAUAAAAAAUCAACCACAGCAGCAACGACGACAACGGCAACAACACCUAAAUCAAGCCGUGCUAAGAAACGCCCCGCUACAAACAAUAAAGCACUGGCAAUAGCCAAGUCUGUAGCUAAUGUAUCAAGUCGUGCUAAACGAAUUAUGAAUCGCAGUAGUAAAACCGAUGCCUCUAAUGACAAUUCGGGGAAUUCUGGAGAUACUAAUGCUAACAGUACUAGAGCUGAUGCUGGUGCGGGUAAACGUCCCAGUAACAUUGAUGUCAAAAAAACUGAACCGAAAAAAACUACAAAGCCUCCUCCGUCUGUUCCUACCAGUUCCACAAGAACGAAAUUACGUGGGUCAACACAAAUUGCUGAGACGAGCAGUAAUAAUUCAACAAGACGUGGAAAACGAUUGGCUGCGGCUACUACCGGGGUGACGUCAACCGUGGAUUCGUCUUCUGAAAAAAAAUCACGUAGCAGAGUGUAAUAAAAAAAUUGAUAAUUAAUAAUUAAUGCAUUUUUAAUUAAUAUUUAAAAUUUAUAAAUUAUAUAAUAUUAAUUAAAUAUUAAAUACACAAUAAUAUAAUAAUAAUAAUAUUAAUUAAUAAUAAAAAUAAUCUAAGAUCCGAUACGUGAAAAAUUUAUAUGAUAAAAAGUCAUUGUGAUUUGCUUAUGUCAUGUUGAGGAAUAAUGUUUUUAUAGAAUUUAUGAUAUAAUAUUGAUGGUAUUGUCAAAGAUGGUUUGAGAGUUAACUAAUAUUUAAAAAAAAAAAAAAAAAAAAAAAAUAAAAAUUCUGACCAAUUAAAAAUGUAAAUUACCCGAUGUCUUUUUUUCAUUAUUAUAUUUAAAUAUAAUCUCGCGUAUCGGAUCUUUUUUAUUGAUAUAAUUUGAGAAAGUCAUUUUAAACAAAAGUGUGAGAGUGAAUUAUUAAUGGUAAUAAUCAUAGGUAUAAUAAUAAUUAUGAUAAUUAUAAUAUAAUACCUUUUAGGAUAGAUAAUAAUUACAAUUACCCUACUUGUGGUAUGAUUUAUAUAUCACGGAUUGACGCUAAAAAUGAUAAAUAAAUGAAUAAAACAUUUGCAAUAGUAUAUUUUUGAUGUUGUAAGUGAAUGUUGUUUUACGUUAUUUUAAUACGUUUAUAAACAUUCACUUUAUCAUUGGAUAUAUAAGUAUGUACAAAUAUUAUAUGGUUUGGUACGUAAAAAGGUUUCUGUACAACAGAAAUUAUUUUAUCGAGGGUGAUUUUUAGAAAAGCGCAAGUCAAAAAUUAUUAAAUUUUUAGUUAAUGUAAUAAUAUUAAUAGCAAUGUUGAUAUUAUUAUUAUUAUUAUUAAUAAUGAAUAUAGUAAUACGAAUUGGUAAAAUUUAUAAAUUUUAAAUAUUAAUUUUCAUUAUUUUAUAACAAUGCCAGAUUUUUUAACAGUCUUUAUUGUCCAGUUUUUAAUCUAUUUGUAUUUUAUUUCGUUUUAUUUUAUUGUAAAAAAUCCAAUCAAUUUUUAAUGAAUAUGUUCGUUGUCUUGAUGCACAAUCAGUUAUUUAUAUCUAAAAAAUUCUUUUAACCAUAUUUAUAUACAUGUAUUUUUUUUUCGAUAGUAAACAAUUUGGAUGAUAAAAAAAAUACUUUUUAUUGAUUGGAAAAAUCAUGAAUAUUUAAUAAGGGGUAUUCUGGUCUAGAAGGAUGAAAUUUCUGGUAAUUUUUGAAGUACUAUAAAAAAAGGCAAUCAAUAUUUUUAGUAUACAUUUUUUUAUAAGUUAUUUAUUAAUAUUAUAAGAAUA